AUGUGGUCUGCGUGGUUUGGCGGAUACGCUCAACCCUCAGACUUUGCAACAGCUGAAUCACCUUCGGUCAACUUCCGAGCCAUCGUUGUUUCAUCCAUAUUUAUCAUACCCUAUAUAUCAUUUUUAAUAAUUUUACCGGGUGUACGACAAAAACGAAUAAUCACAUUAUUAGUUUUUACCAUUACAACAGCAGUUGGAGCAUCAUUAGCAGCUUCACUAUAUUGGCCUGGAUGGGCUGGUGGUUCGGCACAGAUUGUUGCACAAUUUAGGAGUCAUGCGAACGAAAGAAUACUUGCCCGCAUUGGAGUACAUGUCGGCUUACAAAGCAUUAAUGUUACAUUGAAACACGAACAAUUGGUUUUUACAGAUGAUUUCAGUUCAUCUAUAGACUGGAGUCAUCUAUCAUAUAACGAAAAAUUCGAUAUAAGCGGAGUCUCAAGCAUGUCAGAAGCUUUGCAUUCAGCUUAUGAACAUGGCUUACCGUAUCCAAUGCUGAGCGUAUUGGAAUACUUUUCAUUAAAUCAGGAUGCAUUUGAUUGGGGAAGGCAUUACCGUACAGCUGGCCAUUAUACUCAUGCAGCUAUUGUGUUUGCCUUGAGCUGUUGGUGUCUCUCAGUAGCUUUUCUCCUCUUCUUACCACACCAUUUCGGAAAAAGUUUCCUUGUGACCGGCUUGUCGUCCCUAUUCGCUUGUUUACUGUAUUUGAUUAUGUCUCCGUGUCAGUUAAGAAUCGGAUUUGUCGGAGUUGAUGGACAACGAAUACAUCUGGACAUGAGUUUCCAAUGGGCAUUCUAUCUCAUAUUUGCUAUUGGGAUUCUCGCUAUGUCAUUUGGCUUGUUAUUAAUUGUUUUACAAAACUUCCGAGUAUAUACGUUAUCGACAUUCCUCGAAGCUCACUUAGACGAUACCGUUGGCCCCAAGAAACGAAAUAAUCGCGGAUUCGAAAAUAUCGACACAGCCAACAAUAUUGACGUAAUGAAGCGAUGUAAGACGGUCAGUUCAUCUGUUUCAUCUUCAAGUGAGAAAUUCCCUGACGAAAAACAAAGUGGCGGAUCGAGUGGUUUUCAAUCUCGAACUAGUUACUCUUCGCACAGUUUACGAAGUCAUUCCGGUUCAUUUGAAUCGGUACAUGAUGCAGCUGAAUUAGAACGUUCAGUCUCACAACUGACAAUACCGAACAGCCCGGAGGCAGUUCAACGACAUAUAACGUUAUCGAUAAGUAGCCUUCGAUAA